AUGGGAGAGGGAGAAGCAAAAGCUGAGCAUGCAGCCAAAGCAGAUCACAAACAUGCUCCCUCCGCUUCUUCAACGCCGGAGUCUUACUCCAAAGACGGCCAACGACGACGAGGCCGCGGAGAUGCUUACCGCGCAUUCUGCGCCGCCAUCUUUUCCAUCCUCGUCUUACUAGGUAUCAUCGUUUUAAUACUCUGGCUCGUCUACCGUCCACACAAGCCACGCCUCACCGUCGUAGGAGCCGCCAUAUACGACCUCAACUUCACGGCGCCGCCGUUAAUCUCAACCUCCGUCCAGUUCUCCGUCUUGGCCAGAAACCCGAACCGGAGAGUCUCCAUUCACUACGACAAGCUGUCCAUGUACGUUACCUACAAAGAUCAGAUCAUAACGCCCCCGCUUCAGCUUCCACCGCUUCGUCUAGGACAUAAAUCAACGGUGGUGAUAGCUCCGGUGUUGGGCGGCGCCGGGAUACCGGUUUCACCGGAAGUUGCUAACGGGUUGAAGAGUGAUGAAGCUUACGGUCUCGUUUCAAUGAGAGUGGUGGUUACAGGGAGGCUACGUUGGAAAGCUGGUGCGAUUAUGACUGGACGGUAUGGAUUUUAUGCAACGUGUGGUGUGUGGAUGAGAUUUAAUCGAUCUUCUAAUGGUCAAGUUCCUCUUCUCGCUCCUUCAACUUGUAAAGUUGAUGUCUAG